AUGGACUUUGAUUUUGAACAAGCGCUUAAUUUCGCUGAAAAUAAACGUUCAAGAAGAGUACAACAGCGUAAUGAAAAUAACAAAAAAAGACGUCGAGCGUAUUAUGAACCAUCAUCAGUUGAUAGUUUAUCAUCUAAUGUAACUGAUGAACUAUUAAAUGUUGUUGAAUCGCUUACAAUUGAUAUGAAUACAAACUCAAAAUUAAAGUAUGAAACCGCAAAUAAUUAUUCAUUAAAUAUUUUAUCUGAAAAUGAUGCUUGUGAUCAAGAUAAUAUAAUCAAUCCCGAAGAAAUUCAGAACCACAUUAUGAAUUCUGCUGAAAUCUUUGAAAAUUCAUUUAAUGAUUUAGAAUCAUGUAAUAAUACACCGAUCGAUAAUGUUAUUACACUGCUAUACUAA